AUGUCUGGGGGGCGCCCCGUCGCUGGUGCGCCCGAGGAUCCGCUGAGUGCUAGCAACCGGCGGCGGCGCGACGGCAGUGGCGGGAACAGAAACAGCCGAGGGCGCCCCUUAAGGAACGGGAGCACGUGGCCCUGGAAGAAUGGCGCCGACACCAGCCCGGCAAAGCCAGACUUCAAAGUGGGAACGGGGACCGCCGCGCUGCUCGCCCAGUUCCCCGAAGUCCCCAAGCCCGACUCGCUCGGGAGACCGCUCCUGAACCGCAGGUGUCCACGCCAGGGACGCGCCGAUGGGCGGAGCCAAGGGUCGGAAGUGCCCCGGAGGGCCGGCCUUCCAGCGAAAACCCCCGGCCGGAAGUGCCUGGAGGUCCCGCCCCCAGGCGGAACUCCGGGUUGCUGGGCAACCAAAGUGGGCUCCUUCGGCUGGCUCAGUGUUCCCUGGAACAAGCCGAGUGUAGCUCCCACCUCUUGUCCUGGCAACUUCCCGUCCCGCCCGCCUUCCUUCUUGCCGCCUCUCCUUGCGUCGCGGAAUCCCUGCCCGUGGCACCACGCUCACGUCUCCGGCUCCCACGACCACUUAGCGCCCACCUGCCUGAAAGCCAGUCUCCACGGGAAGCGAAGCGACCGGGCCGCAGGCGUGGCCUCCAGGCUCACGGACCGCUCCUCCCCGGCCAUGGGCACCUACACCUACACCUACACCAGCCGGCCCCGGGCCCUGCCCUGCCAGCGCCGCUGUUACCGGGACAGCAUAACGCAGCCAGCUGAAGAACCUAUGCAUUACGGAAACAUAAUGUAUGACAGAAGGGUGAUCCGAGGCAACACUUAUGCUCUACAGAUGGGACCGCUGCCUGGGCAGCCUGAUCCUCUAGAGAUUCAGAGACAGCAGCAGGCAAAGAGGAGGGCUCUUGCCAGAAAACGAGCCCAAGAACAGCUCAGACCACGAACCCCCGAACCCGUGGAAGGCAGAAAGCACGUGGAUGUGCAAACAGAAAUAUACCUUGAAGAAAUUGCUGACCGCAUAAUAGAAGUUGAUGUGGAAUGCCAAACAGAUGCAUUUUUGGACAGACCGCCAACACCACUCUUUAUUCCUGCCAAAACUGGCAAAGAUGUGGCCACCCAAAUACUGGAAGGAGAGCUCUUUGACUUUGAUCUUGAAGUAAAACCAAUGUUAGAAGUUCUGGUGGGAAAGACCAUUGAGCAGUCUCUUCUGGAAGUAAUGGAAGAAGAGGAGUUGGCCAACCUGCGGGCCAGUCAGCACGCAUACGAGGAGCUGCGCAGCGUUGAACUCGCUGAAGUUCAACGACUUGAAGAGCAAGAGAGACGACACAGAGAAGAAAAAGAGCGGCGUAAGCAGCAGCAGUGGGAAGUGGUCUACAAGCACAAGGAGACCUCGCAGAAAGUGGCCGCCCGAGUGUUCGCGCAGCGCUACCUGGCGGACCUCCUGCCGUCGGUGUUUGACAGUCUCAGGGACGGUGGCUACUUCUACGAUCCCAUUGAAAGAGAUAUUGAGAUGGGAUUCCUUCCAUGGCUAAUGAACGAGGUUGAGAAAACCAUGGAAUACAGUAUGGUGGGAAGAACAGUGCUUGACAUGUUGAUUCGUGAGGUGGUGGAAAAGAGACUGUCCAUGUACGAGCAUAAGGAGGACCAGCCCCAAUAUGUGAAGCCUGAGGACGGGCUUGGUGGUCCUGGAGCGAUGGGAGAACCACUGGCGGAUGAGGAAUUCCUUGAACGGAGUAUGCCACAGCCACAGGGGCCCCUUUCAGACAGAGACUCCCUGCAAAGAACACUAAGCAAUGGAAGGUAUGUGGGGAACGUGUCGCCCCAAGAAGGGAACUUUAUGGAAGACGGAGAGGAUGAGCAAUAAGGAAGACCUCAGGGAGAGAACUGUUGCCACCGAGGGGCGCCUUCGAGCCGGGACACCGCUUGGUGGCAGUCAGCGUUGCAAGCGAUCAGGUAACGUGCAGGUCCCUCAGGUUAUGGAAAUUAUGUUGUAUUUACUCAACAUUGUCUCAUGGACUGGGCAAAUCAAAUAUGUUGAAAUAAUAAAACUAAUUAAAAAUGAAAUUUAAUUCAUUUAUUUAAUGGGAGAUAUCUAGAAGCUGUGUUGUUGUAACUCUAAUAAGAAUCAUGUCUAAUUACAAGCUUUCUGUUACCACAAAUGGAACUAACAAAUAUAUUUUCCCUGAAUUUUUCUGA